AUGUCGCUGAAUCCCGAGCCCUCGGCGCCUGAAGAGCGGGCUGAGCACCAUCUGCCGCCCAAGUCGUACGCCGACGCCGCCGAAGAGGCCCUGGAGCCCCAGCAGCCACAAUCACAUGCCAACGGCACCGACGGCACCGCCGAACACAACGGGAAGAAGAUUUUGGGCAAGGCCAAUGAGGUAAAGACCAAUGGCGUCAAGGUCCCCUCUGAAGAAGACAAGACAUCGCUCGAAGGCGUGGGUCAGGAGCCCCGGAGUCCAACAGUGAAGGGCCAUCGUCGCGUCUCAUCGCGCGGCUCUCACGGGUCGCUCGGCCGCAAACAGGGCGAGCAGGCACAGAAAGACAUGAACGGAGCACACACGAAUGGAAAUGGCAAGGGCAAUGGCGAUGUGCUGACGAGUGUGAAGCCGCAGCAGGAGUUUCAGGUCGCCAAAGCAGACCGCAGAACCGACCUCAAGCGCAGAAACUCGGAGCUCACCACAGGACGACAGGCUGGCGCGGGAUGGUCCCAGAGCAAAAUACGCUUUGCGCCCAUGAACGUCCCCCUCCAGCGCCGCCUCCAGACCCUCGCCGUCCUCAUGCACACGCUCAGCAUCGUCGGCGGCCUUGCCAUCUUCUUCUUCCUAUGCAGCAUACCCCUGCUCUGGCCCAUCCUCCUGCCGUAUACCAUCUACGUCCUCUUCUCCAACGCGGGCACGUCGGGCGAGCUGUCGUUCCGCAGCGACUGGUUCCGCCGGCUGCCCGUCUGGUCGCUCUUCGCUUCAUACUACCCCGCCCGCCUACAUCGCUCCCAGGAGCUGGAGCCUACUAGGAAGUACAUCUUCGGCUACCACCCACAUGGCAUCAUCUCCCAUGGCGCCUUCGCUGCCUUUGCAACGGAAGCGCUUGGCUUUUCGCAGCUCUUCCCUGGCAUCACCAACGCCCUGCUGACCCUCGAUUCCAACUUCCGCUACCCCAUCUAUCGCGAAUACGCCCUUCGUCUCGGCAUGGCCUCCGUAUCUCGCGAGUCCUGCGAAAACACCCUCUCCAAAGGCGGUUAUAACAACGAAGGCAUGGGCCGCGCCAUCACCAUCGUCGUGGGCGGCGCUCGUGAAUCCCUCGAUGCGCGCCCCGGUUCCAUAAAGCUCGUCCUCAACCGCCGCAAGGGCUUUGUCAAGAUGGCCAUACGCACCGGCGCCGACCUCGUCCCUGUCCUCGCCUUCGGCGAAAACGACGUCUACGACCAACUCGAUACCGAUUCGCAUCCCUACAUACACAAGUUCCAGAUGCUCGUCAAGAAGUUCAUGGGCUUUACGGUACCCAUCUUCCACGCGAGGGGUGUCUUCAACUACGACGUAGGCAUGAUGCCGUACCGGAGACCCAUCAACAUCGUUGUCGGUCGCCCGAUCAGGGUGAUGCAGGACACGCACCCAGACAACGAUUACAUCAACGAGAUACAUCAGCAAUACGUCGACGAGCUGAUGCGCAUCUGGCACGAACACAAGGACACUUUUGCCAAGCACAGGACGGGCGAGCUGGAGAUCGUCGAGUAA